AUUCAUAGUUGCUUUUAUCCUCUAAUUAAAUCUCCUAUAUAAAAUCAUGUCUACUUUCUUAUUGUGAAUCAUCAUUUUUUUUUUCUCUAGCUCCCUCUAGAAUAUUGCAGACAGCUUACACCUUGUAUCCAUGGCUAUUAGAUUUGAGCACGCCGAAAGAUGCACUCUUUCGAGCUGUCUUAUCCUUUGUCAUGGUCAUACUUGCAAUUUCUCUUUGGCACCUAUGGUUCGUUAAGAAGUCCAAGAAGAUCGUCGCUCAGUUGCCGCCGGGCCCUCGAGGGUUGCCGAUAGUGGGAUAUCUUCCAUUUCUUGGAACCGAUAAUCUUCACCUGUCCUUCACCGAACUGGCUGCAACCUAUGGUCCCAUCUUCAAACUUUGGCUUGGCAACAAGCUAUGCGUCGUAAUUAGCUCACCGGAACUAGCAAAAGAAGUGGUUCGUGACCAUGAUGUAACAUUCUCUGAACAAGAUCCACCCAUUGCUGCACAAGUUGCUAGCUUUAGUUGCAAUGAUAUUGCAUUCGAUUCUUACAGCAAUCCUCGGUGGAAAAACAAACGUAAAGUUCUUGCAACCGAGUUGCUUACCAAUGCUAGGCUGAAUGCUUGUUAUGGUCUACGAAGAGAACAAGUAAUGAAUGGCCUUAAAGAUGUGUAUGAAAAUGUUGGCAAGCCAAGUGAUAUUGGGAAAUGGACAUAUUUAGUGGCAUUAAAUGUGGCCAUCAGCAUGAUUUUGGGAGGUGAACUCCCAGGUGAGAAAGGGGCGGCCAUUGAAGGUAACUUGAAAGAGAAUUCGUCUGAAUCAAUGGUGUUACUGGGAAAACCGAACGUCUCCGAUAUUUUUCCGGCGAUUGCACGGUUUGACAUACAAGGUAUUGAGAGGGGAAUGAGGAAAAUCAACCAACAGUUCAAUCGACUUCUUGAAUCUGUAAUUGAAGUGGCCAUUGAUAAGGAAAAAGAUAAGAAGAGUAGUGAACAAAAAUUAGGCUUCUUAGAGCUGCUAUUGCAUUUGGAACGCAAUAACAACGAAGAUAAUGCAUCACCUCUUACAAUGGAUGAAGUCAAGGGUCUGCUCGUGGAUAUAUUGGUGGGUGGUACAGAUACUACUACAACUAUGGUAGAGUGGACAAUGGCAGUGCUAAUGCAACAUCCAGAAAUAAUGGAGAAAGUGAAGAAAGAAUUAAGUGAUGUUGUUGGGGUAAACAACACCGUUGAAGAAUAUCACUUGUCUAAUUUAAGUUACCUAAACGCUGUGAUAAAGGAAACCUUCCGACUGCAUCCAGCACUACCGCUCCUUGUUCCUCGAUGUCCGGCCCGAUCCGUCCAUCUCAAUGGCUAUACCAUACCAAAGGGCAGUAGGUUGUUCAUAAACAUGUGGUGCAUUCAUAGGGAUCCUCUUAUUUGGGAGAAUCCUUUAGAAUUUCGACCAGAAAGAUUCUUAAAUGAUCCUGAUAAUUCAAAUCAUUAUGGAAAUGAUUUUCGGUUCAUGCCAUUCGGGUCCGGAAGGAGAAAGUGCCCAGGAAUACCCUUAGAGGAGAAGCUAUUGUUUUUCAUAUUGGCUUCAUUGUUGCAUUCUUUUGAGUGGAGAUUGCCACACGGAACAGUGCUUGACAUGUCCAGCAAAUUUGGAAUUGUUAUGAAGAAAAAGGAGCCUACACUUCUUAUUCCUGCACCAAGAUUGACAAAUCUUGAUGCUAAUGGUUAAAAACGCAAAAAAGACGAUGAUUGAAUCUCUUAUCUGCACUUUAAUAAUUAAAUUUAGAAUUUAUUAAUGUAUCUCCUUGUUUUAUAUUUAAUGCGUUUUAAACUAUAA